AUGGACGCGGCGCCGGGAUGGCCACGGGGAGUUCUGUUUCUGUGCCCCGCUUGUGUCCACAUCAGGUUCCUGGGCCGACUGGUCACGGAGGCGCUGCUCGCGGAGGGACGCGAGGUGGUCUCUAUCGACCACGAUUGCGGGCAGGACUGGCCGAGCAACCACGAUCGGCUGAGGCACGUGUGCUGCGACCGCUUCGGAGAGCGUGAGCGCUUCGCAGAGUUGGUGCGCGGGCUCGGUCACCUGGACGCGGUGGUGGACCUGUGCUGCGCGCACGAGGCGUUCGCCUCCGACGUUCUGCAGGCCCUCACCACGUCGGGCGGAGACGGCACGGCGGCAGGCGGGGCCCGGCUCCGCGCCCAGCACUACGUGCUGGUGUCGUCGGAUGCCGUCUACUGGGCCCUCCGCGUGCCCGACGCGGCGCAUGCGCCCGACGGGCUGGAGGAGGACGUGGCGGACGAGUUCGCCCAGGCGGAGUACGAGCGCCACUUGGCGCGGUGCCGGGGGAACCCGCUGGCCGCGAGCCAGCUGCGGCACGGCGGCGCCAUGCUCGGAGUCGAGCGCACGUUCGAAGAGGCCUCUCGGUCGAUGGGCUUCGACCGCACAACCCUGCGGAUACCCGACGUCUACGGGCCUUUCGACGACCAGGGGGCCUUCUGGGACCUGGUGGUGGCGGUGCAGGAGGGACGCCCAGUCCCAGCGCUGCUGCCCGCCGGGCGUGUUCGUGCGGCCGCACGCUGCCGGCCCCAAGAGCACCGGUGCAGCUGGGCCUUUGCCCUCGACGUGCGCGACGCCGUGUUGGCCACUCUGCGGCAGCGCAGCAAGGUGCGCGGCGCCACGCUACACGUGGCCCACGAGGAAGCCGCGACGCUGGCGGAGCUCGCGGGCGCGGUCGCGGAGGCGCUGGGGCUGCCGGCUCACCAGGUGGCCUUCGACCACAGCCGGGAAGCCUCCCUGCCGUCCACUGAUUUCGGGCCGCUGAACACCGCGCGCGCUCGCGGGCUUCUCGCCCCCUGGAGGCCUACGCCGCUGCGGGAGGCCGUGCGGCAGGCCGUCGGCUGGUGGACCAGCGGCCCCGAGCACCGGCGCCGCCACGCCGCCGCGCGGCCCCUGCACGCUGGCACGGAGCGCUGCCGGUCGAUUGUUCCGCGCAACACGUUCGAGGUGCGCCGCUCCAUGGCCGGCGCCGCCGGGGCAGCGCAGCUGGCGCGCCGCCGGCCUCUGCUGCUGGCCGACGCGCUGCCGCACCUGUGCGGGCAGGGCGCCGUGGCCUUCGUGGAGGCGCUGCUGGCGCAGGCGGGGCGGCGGCGCGUGGAGUGCGAGCUGCGCUCCUCGGACGGCCGGGUGCGGCGCGAGGUGCACGAGCUGCGGCACGUCGCGGGUAACCUGCUCGAGGGCAGCACGCACUCGGCGUCCCGCAGGCUGGAAUCCUGGGAGGCCUUGGCGGGCACCCAGCUGGCGGACGCGCUGGCGAACCCCCUCGGGCCCGGCCUGGAGGAGCUCGGCUCCGGCCAGGCCGGGUGUCCGCGCGCGCUGCUGCUCGGCGGCGCUGGCGCGCGGGGGCCCAUGCGGCGGGACCCGCAGGCGGUGCGGUGGGACUGCCUGCUGCUGGGCCGGCGCAGCUGGCGGCUGCUGCCGCCGGGCUGCGCCCUCUGCGGCCAGGGGGACGUCUCGCCCAUGGAGACCUUUGCGGCCGGCCCAACGGCGUUCGUUGUGCAGGACGAUCCCGCUCCUGCGACGUUCGAGCCCGAGGCGGCCUGGGAGUGCGAGCAGUCCCCCGGCGAGGCGGUGCUAGUGCCCGCCGGGUGGUGGGCCCAGAGCUACGACCACGAGCGAGUGCUGUCCGUGGCGGGGCGCUUCGCGGCGCCGCCGCGGGAAGAGGACGAGACGGAAGGGAGCGACGAGGACAGCGACGAACAAUACGAGAACGUUGACUGA